AUGACACCACCUCCGGGCUUACCAAAAACACCUCCGGGCUUACCAAAGCCACCUCCGGGCUUACCGAAACCACCUCCAGGCCUACCAAAACCACCUCCGGGCUUACCGAAACCACCUCCGGGCUUACCAAAGCCACCUCCGGGCUUACCGAAACCACCUCCGGGCCUUCCAAAACCACCUCCGGGCUUACCGAAACCACCUCCUGGCCUACCAAAACUACCUCCGGGCCUACCGAAACCACCUCCGGGCCUACAGAAACCACCUCCGGGGUUACCAAAGCCACCUCCUGGCCUACAGAAACCACCUCCGGGCCUACCGAAACCACCUCCGGGCCUACAGAAACCACCUCCGGGGUUACCAAAGCCACCUCCGGGCCUACCGAAACCACCUCCGGGCCUACAGAAACCGCCUCCGGGGUUACCAAAGCCACCUCCGGGCCUAUCGAAACCACCUCCGGGCCUACCGAAACCACCUCCGGGCCUACAGAAACCGCCUCCGGGGUUACCAAAGCCACCUCCGGGCCUAUCGAAACCACCUCCGGGCCUACCGAAACCACCUCCGGGGUUACCAAAGCCACCUCCGGGCAUGAUGCCACCAUCAGCUUAA